AUGAAGAUCAUCAAAGUGGUACUGGGUCAGGAUGGCUGGAGUGUGACUUACACCACUCAGAGAAUCUGUGCUUUGAAGGGCUCAACAGUGAAGCUGUCCUGCUCUUACACAUAUCCCAGAGGUCAUAAAGUCACAUCAACAUUCUGGUUCACUAAUAUGGAGACUGAAGAUAUAGGUCAGGACCCAGAGAAUACAGGUCGUCUGGAGUAUCAUGGGGAUAAGAAGAAAGACUGUACCCUGAGAAUCACAGACCUGAGAGAGAGAGACUCAGCUACCUACUGGUUCAGAUUAUUAACAGAUCAGAAAGGAGGGACAUUUACUGGCAAACUUGGAGUGACUUUGUCUGUCACAGGUCUUCAGGUGAAGGUGACUGGUGAACAUCAGGAUAAGACACUGACUUGUAUCACCACCUUUACUCUGACUGACAACCCCACCUACAUCUGGUACAAGAACGGACACAAAGUAAAGGAGGACACUUCCAGCCUGUACUCAGACUACUUUAGUGAUGCAGACAGUUACUCCUGUGCUGUAAAAGGCCAUGAGGAUCUCCACUCUCCUGCAGUGUGUCAGAAGUGUUGGAGUGUGACUUACACCCAUCAGAAGAUCUGUGCCUUGAAGGGGUCAACAGUGAACAUAUCCUGCUCUUACACAUAUCCCAGUUAUCAUGAGAUCAAAAAAGCUUUCUGGUUUACUAAAUGGUCUGGUAUGGAUGCUGAAGAUCUGAGCUCAGUGCCAGGGUAUGAGGGUCAUAUAGAGUACCUUGGGGAUAAGAAGAGUGACUCUACCCUGAGAAUCACAGACCUGAGAUUGAGUGACUCUGCUGGGUACAUGUUCAGAUUCAUAACAUCUGGAGGAAACGCUGCAGGCUCACCUGUCUCCCUGACUGUCACAGAUGUUGUGUUGAAGAUGGAUCCUACAUCUGUGUCAGAGGGGGAGAGAGUCACACUGACAUGUAGAACCAACUGUACACUGGACCCCAUCACAGCCUACAGUUGGUAUAAGAAUGGACAGCCUAUACCAAACAGCAACACCUACUCUCCUGUCUAUAGCCUAUUCUCAGUCAGCAGUGAGGAUACAGGCAGAUACUCCUGUGCUGUAGAAGGCCAUGAGGAUCUCCCCUCUACUGAAGAGACUCUCACUGUCACAUAUCAUCCAAGGAACACCUCAGUGUCAGUCAGUCCCUCUGGUGAAAUAGUGGAGGGCAGUUCAGUGACUCUGACCUGCAGCAGUGAUGCCAACCCACCUGUGGACAAAUACACCUGGUACAAGAAGAACGUAGCCUCAGCAAAAGCAUCAGGACAGAGUUAUAACAUCACUAACAUCAGCUCUGAGGACAGAGGAGAAUAUUACUGUGAGGCCCAGAAUGGAAGAGGAUCUAUGAACUCUACAGCUCUGAUGAUCAUUGUAGCAGGGAAACAAACAUCAGUUGUGACUGCAGCUGUAGGAAUCAUAGUGGUUGUUCUGGUUCUCAUACUCUGUCUCUCUGGACUCAUGUGGUUCAGAUGAAUUAAAAUGCAUAUUUUUAUGCUGUUUAUUAUUUAAAUGUAGCACUCUGAUUUGUUGUUAACUUCAUUAAUUCAUUAAU